AUGUGUACUUGUGGUCAACCCAAUCACCCAGGAGAGCCGUGCAAUGAACAUAAGAAAUGUAUCAACUGUGAAGGACAGCAUGCUGCUGAUUCUAGAGAAUGUCCGCGGAUGAAGGAAGAAGUUGCCAUCCAAAGAGUGAGGACGCUAGAAAAAAUUAGUUAUCUGGAGGCAAAAAGGAAAGUAAUUAGCUCAUCUCCCCGGGUGUCAUACGCUCAAGUUACCGCUACCCCAAGUGCUACAGUUAAUAAACUUGUUGAAGAACUCCUUCCUCUGCUUUCAAAAACGAUAGAAACACAGAUUAAACAAACCUUUGAUAAAUUUGUAAAUAGACCAGUACGGACAUUGACACCUUUAAAUCUACCUCCUCCUAACCAAUACCUAUCGGAUACGUCUACUCAACCAUCUCUUUCAGAAAAGAGGAAACGUACUGUUAUCCAAAAGGAUAAUGCGGAUGAUCCCGCAGACGAUACUGACGAAAGCUUUCGUCACAAGCCAGCGGAACAUCCUCACUUGCUAAGAAAAAAAAGGGAUGGCCGAAGGGAAAACCCAGAAAGCCUCCAGAUGAUAAGACGAUUAGUUCCGAUGUAA